AUGGUCCGUCUCGUCGUUCCAUCAAUUGCUCUUGCAGCAUUCGCGUCGUGUGCAGCUGCCACCGGCCGGCUGUGGACAGGGCCUUGCGGAACACGGCCCGAAGUUGCCAAGAGGAGUAUUGGUACAAGCGGUAUCAAAGUGCGGCAAGCCGCGAACAAUGGGACAAAUUCAACUGCCACAAUGGAUCUUUACUACCAUGUCAUUCUCGCGGAGGGCAACAGCACUACCGAUUUCAUCACCGAUGACCUCUUGAACCAUCAGACAGAAAUACUGAACGACGGCUUCGUGCCAAUGGGCUACCAGUUCCGGCUUGCAGAGACGACUUGGACCACCAACGCCAGCUGGUUCUACAACGCAACGCAGCUGUCUCAGCAAGAAACAGACAUGAAGACCGCCCUCCGCAAGGGCGACAAGACGGCGCUAAACGUCUACAUAGUCGGUCUCUGGGACAGCAGCAUCAGCGCGUGGUCAACCGUGCCGCUGGAGCUCGACUUCAACAUCCCGAACGACGGCGUCGUGCUGCACAACUCCAUCCUGCCCGGCGGCGCCAACAAGAUCUGGACGCUCGGCAAGACACUCAUCCACGAGGCCGGCCACUGGGUUGGCUUGUACCACACCUUCUCCGGCGGCUGCGAGAACAAUUUCGACUACGUCGACGACACGCCGCUCGAGGCGGUGCCGGCAUCGUCGUGGGAUGCGCUAGGCGGGUGCCCUGAGGGCCGCGAUACUUGCCCUGAUGCCCCGGGGCUGGAUCCUAUUCAUAAUUAUAUGGACUACACGAGUGAUGAGUGCAGGACGGAGUUUACGCCGGGGCAGAUUGCGUAUGCGCAUAAUGAAAUGGAGACGCAUAGAGGCAUUUUUGUAUGA